AGGCCGGUUAUUGCUUAACCUGAAUUCCUGAUGAUCUCCAUCGAAACUGAAGAACGUAAACAUUUUUCAUAUAUAUACUUGCUUAAACAAUCACAUUAACCAAGAGAAUAUGGGAAUUUUAAGUCCAGUGGUUGUUGUUACAACCCUUUCUACCAUUCUCCUAUCUAUUUUAUGGAGGGCAACUUUAGAUUUACCUCAGGAAUCAUUUCUUCAAUGUCUCUUAGAGAAUUCUCUCCGUUCCCAUCCCAUCUCUGCAGCAAUCUACACUCCUCAGUCCUCCUCAUAUUCAUCUGUUUUGGAAUCUUACAUUAGAAACCUUCGAUUCAAUGAGACCUCGACCCCAAAGCCAUUCCUUAUUCUCACUGCAUCGCACGAAUCCCAUAUCCAAGCUGCCGUCCUUUGUGCCAAAAAGCAAGAUUUUCAGAUGAAAAUUCGGAGUGGAGGCCAUGACUACGAGGGGUUAUCUUAUGUAUCUAGUGUUCCAUUCUUUAUCCUAGACAUGUUCAAUCUUCGAUCUGUCGAUGUAGAUAUAGGAAAUGAGACUGCUUGGGUUCAGACAGGAGCAACUCUUGGUGAAGUUUAUUACAGAAUUGCUGAGAGGAGCAAUAUUCAUGGCUUCCCAGCUGGUGUUUGCCCCACAGUUGGUGUCGGCGGUCACUUAAGUGGAGCUGGCUAUGGUAAUAUGAUGAGAAAGUACGGCGUUUCUGCCGAUAACAUUAUCGAUGCACAGUUUAUUGAUGCUGAUGGUAGACUUCAUGACAGAAAAUCUAUGGGUGAAGAUCUUUUUUGGGCCAUCAGAGGAGGAGGAGGAGCGAGCUUCGGUGUCAUUCUUGCAUAUAAAAUUAUGUUGGUUCGUGUUCCGCAAAAAGUCACUUCGUUUCAGGUUGAAAAAACACUGGAAGAAAAUGCGACGGACAUUGUUGACCAAUGGCAACAUGUUGCAGAUAAGCUGCCUGACGAGCUCUUCAUCAGACUUGCCUUGGAUGUCGUAAAUCGCAGUCAAAGUGGUGAAAAGACAGUAAGGGCUUCAUUCAUUUCCUUGUUUCUUGGAGAUUCUGAUACACUCCUUUCCAUCAUGAAUGAGAGGUUUCCCAAGUUGGGUUUAAGUAAAUCUGAUUGCGUUGAGACUAGCUGGAUUCGAUCCGUCCUUUUUUGGGCCAACAUACCCAUCGAGACGAAGAUCGGUGUUUUGCUGGAUCGAACUCCUCAAACAUUGGUUUCCUUGAAGAGGAAAUCAGAUUAUGUGAAAGAACCAAUUCCCAAGGCUGGUUUGGAGGGGAUUUGGAAGACAAUGAUUGAACUGCAGGUGCCAAAAAUGUUCUUUAAUCCUUAUGGUGGAAAGAUGGCUGAAAUUCCAUCAACAAAAAUUCCAUUCCCCCACAGAGCAGGAAACCUAUGGAAGAUUCAGUAUUUAGCAAAUUGGAAUGAAUCGGGGAUUGAAGCAGCAAAUCAUCACUUAGGUUUGACAAGGAAGCUUUACGAUUACAUGACUCCUUUCGUGUCCAAGAACCCAAGGGAAGCAUAUCUCAACUACAGAGAUGUUGACUUGGGUACCAGCUACAAUGGAAAGCCUGUCUACUCGGAGGGAAGAGUUUAUGGGAUCAGGUAUUUUAAGGGUAAUUUCGAGAGGUUGGUGCAGAUUAAGAGUAAGGUUGAUCCUAGUAAUUUCUUUAGAAAUGAACAGAGCAUCCCUGUUCUUCCACAUCAAGAGAAUAGGGAUGAUCAAUGAUAACAGAUACUAACUUUUUUAUUAGCAAUUACUAUAAUCUCUUAAUUCUCUGUUGAAAUAUAGUAUGUACAACUUGUCAUGAAGCAAAAAUCUAGGUAAGAUAUAUAAUGCAUUGCUUAUUUCAGCAGCCAAAGUCUGCUGCUUCUGGCUGCUUUGCUGAUUCUGGCUCCUGGAGCUGCUUGACUGCUAAGGCUUUUGAUUAGCCGGAUUUUGUGAAGCCGCUGUAAGAUUCUUCGAACUUGUUUCUGAUCUUGGACUUGGAUGACCAAGGAUUUAUAUGUCCUGCUUUUUGUUUUUGGAACUUUUUUGUUCUGGUAUUUCAGGCUUUGCCUUUGGGGCUGUGAAGUUUAGGUUCCUUAGGAGUGAUAAGCUCAUAAGCAGAUCUUUUGUUGUUUAUGUACACCUUUUCUCGUUUCCAAAGCUGUUCUUAUGCCAAGGGGAGUCUUUCACCAAAUAGGUUUAAGACUUGUACUGGCAUUCAUGCUUUGGCGCUUUCAAUAAAACUCACUUUUCAAAAAAAAAAUGUUUAUUUGAGUGUAAAGAGUCCUUGGGAGUCUCUUUGUUGAGUGUUCUAUGUUGAUGGUGACUUGCGGGAGACAACAGGACUCACUUUGUUGUCUCAUUCUUUGGUUGUAAGAGAAUUUCUGGCUCUUCACUGUUUUGGACUCUCUUGGUUCUUCUUCUAAUGUCUCUUGGACUAUAGGUGCUCAGCAGCUCAGCUGGGAUUCGUUUUCUGCUUUGCCAGGUCCAGCUGUUGUUUUGCCUGGCUUCUUGUAUGUGCUUCCUGCUUUCUUUUCUCCACUCGCAAACGGACGGAACAAAGUUGGCUCCGCUGUGUUGAAGUUCGACAAUGUUUUAUGUUCCACUUGUGUGCUGCUGGGGAUUCUCAGUCUCUUGUGCUCACCGCCUAGUUUCCAAGUCGGCGGUGUGUGCUGAAGGUUAAGGUUGUGAUGAUCCUUUGUGCCUGGUGUUGUUGGAGUGUCUUGCUUUCUUCUUCUGUCUCUGCUGGAUUUGGUGUGAAGCUCUCCAUAUUUGAGGAGGCAUGUGACUGCAGCUCUUUGAUGUGCUGGCUUGACAUCCUUGAUUCCUUAGGUGUCUCUUGGGGUGCUUCUUCUUUUGCUGGUCCGAGCUGUUCUUUUUGACGCUUGUAGUUUGUGUUUAUGCGGUACAGCUAUCUUUGUGCGGGCUGCCUUUCUUUGGCUGUAGAGCAGAGCUAAUUGCUCCUCUAUGUGUAGAUUUGUGUCUUGAUGUUUUGUCCUGGGAAGCUACUUGUCUAUAUAUUGAGUAGCAGGCCCCUUGCGAAAAUGUACAGUUUUUGUUUCCCCCACCAA